CUUAGAUCGAUGUGAGGAAUGGACCAUGCCGAACACUUGAUCGGAUGAUGCUGUUUCUAUCAUUGGGAUUAGAAUGCAAUCCAGCCUCACGAUUGUAAUCUCUCGUGAGGAUUCAGAACUGACACGAAAAGUGCGAUACAGUAUGCACUCAAACGAACAGAAAAAGCAUUACCACGCAUAUAUGCGGUGCAGUUGGAGCUUAUUCAAACUUUGUGUGCAAGCUUGUGAUGGGAAAAUUAUUGGAGCUCAGGGUUAAAGAUUCAUUACAUACACAAAAAAUUGGGUAGAUUAGCUCCAGUGAUGUUGAUGCUGUAUAAAAAAUAGGCGACUUUCAUGCAUUUCCACUAAAUAAUGAGGCAGG